CUCGAAUUUAUAUACCGCGUUCCUCCGGCCGAUCGAAAAAUUUGAUAAGGAAUCUGACCGUUGUCGAAAGGGCAUUGACGACGGCAUUGAGAAACAAAGAAGAGCAAAGAACCAUUAGUUAGAAGACGAUUAAGAUGGAACCUAAGCCGGAGCCAAAAUCCCAAUGCAAGGUCCUCUUGGCCAACACGAUGUCGAAGAAGCUCCAGGAGGAGGUAAUCCAGAGUCUUCAAGCCCUCAACCCGCCGCAACCCCCGAAGUUAGUGGGAUUCCUUAGCAGCGAGGACCCGGCCGCGCGCGUGUACGCCGAGUGGACGGGCCGCAACUGCCGCGAGCUGGGCUUCGAGUUCGAGCUGCGCGAAGUCGACCGCGAGGACCUCGAGGAAAGCCUCAUCGCGGCGAACGCCGACGCGGGAGUCCACGGGAUCAUUGUUUACUAUCCGAUCUAUGGCAGCCAGCACGAUCGGUACCUGCAGCAGAUCGUGGGGCUGAACAAGGACGUGGAGGGGCUGAGCCACACGUAUAUCUUCAACAUGUAUCAGAACAUUCGGUUCCUGGACGAGGAGCGGAAGGUGAAGAGCAUCCUGCCGUGCACGCCGUUGGCCGUCAUUAAGGUGCUGGAGUAUCUGCAGAUUUACAAUACGAUCUUGCCGUAUGGGAAUCGGCUGCAUGGGCGCACGAUUACGGUCAUCAACCGGUCCGAAGUGGUCGGACGACCGCUGGCGGCGCUGCUGGCGAACGACGGAGCGUAUGUGUACUCGGUCGAUGUGAACGAUGUGCUGGGGUUUCAUCGUGGGCAAGGGUUGAAGAAGAAACGGCACGAGGUCACGGAGAAACCGGGAUGGACGAUGAAGGACUGCAUUCCACUGAGUGAUGUGGUCAUUAGCGGUGUACCUGGCGACAAGUUCAAGGUGCCGUUGGAGCUGAUCAAAGACGGCGCGGUCUGCAUCAACUUCUCCAGCGAAAAGAACUUCGCGCCCGGCGUCAAAGAUCGCGCCUCGAUAUAUAUCCCCGCGAUUGGCAAGAUGACCAUUGUCGUCCUGCUGCGAAACUUGUUGCGCCUCUACCAAAACACCCUGGCACAACAAAACAGCUCAUGACAGUGACGACGAAACGGGGGGAUUGGCCCCCUCUUUCCACCAUAACUUGUCGAGACCUGCAACACGACUCCUUGGUGAAUUUAGUAUCG